AAUCCAAUACAUAUAAGAAAAUGACAUGUAUAUAUUAUGUCAAAAAUUUAACUGGAUCAUAUUAAUUAUGGUGUGCAGAGCGAUGACGCAGCAAUAGCUAACUCCGUCUCAACCUCUUGCCCGAAGAAUCCUUUAUAAACCUCUUUGAGAACUCUAAAAACUUCUGCCAACGAUCUAUCCGUCUGACGCUCGUCUCUCUUCUCCUAUGCAUAAGAUUUCAGGUACUCUACACUCAAACAAGUUACUCUUAUGAUUUGAGCAGAGAGUAUUAUCCACAAACCAACAAAAAAUAAGCGUCUUGACAUGAGGACACUCCCCUUUUGGGUCUGAAUAGAUCUCCAAGGUAUAUGUUUAUCUAGAUCAAAUUAAAGUUUCAACACAAUUUGCUAACCGACGGCCUAUCGUGUAAACGCACUUGUUGGAUUCUUUAAGAAACUCACAAACAAAAGUUAUAAGCUUUAUAAAGAGCUCGAUUGAAUAGCCUAAUUUAUUUAAACAUCCAUAGAUCUUCCCCUUGAAUCACUAAUAGUCUAAUAUGUUAUUUGGUUUGUUGUUGGACUUGUAGAUUGACUAGUGAUAUAUAUAACUUUUGAAAUUAUAUGAUUGCGGUUUUAUUCUUAUUAGACAAAGGAAAUCAAUUCUGACAACAUUUUUGUUGUGUGUUUUCUUUUCUCAAAUCUGUUUGCUAUAUAGACAAGCAGAGUCAUGCCUAAAGUGUUUAAAUUCUUAAACAAAUUUAAUUUAAUUUUUAACAUUUUGAAAUAAAUAAAAUACAAACAAAUGUAAAUAUUUUAAUAGAUAUAGUUUAAACAAAGAAAACCAUGUCACAAAUAUGUUGUAAUUUCAAAACUUUCUAUAAUAAAAUGCAUAUAAGAGUGUGACUUUUCAAUAAAAAAAGUUAUAAAAAAUAAAAGAGAAAUGCCGCCCAAAAAAAGAAAGAAAGAAAGAGUAAUAGUAAUAUUUGGCGUGACGUCAGUGGUCAGGUGAUCUCGCAAGCGUUCGAUUGGUACUUGCCACCAACCUUGGCUAAAGUCGUCGUCGUCGUCUACCUCUUCCGAUCACAGCUUCUUUGCCUUUCGCUGAUCCCAGUCCCGAGAUGGCUGCUAUUUCCUCAAUUCCACACUCAGCGCCUCUUCUUCUUCUUCUUCUUCUACUAUUGCUCGUUAUCGUUUCCGUCAAUGGAGAGUACCCGCCGCGUCUUCUACUGGAAGCUGAGGCAGAUAAAGACUGGCUAGUCUCCGUGAGAAGACAAAUCCACGAAAACCCAGAACUCCUUUACGAGUUGCACCAAACGAGUGCCCUCAUUCGCCGCGAGCUCGACCAAUUAGGAGUCUCCUACUCCUACCCCGUCGCCCAAACCGGAAUCGUCGCUCAAAUCGGGUCCGGUUCACCUCCGGUUGUUGCUCUCCGUGCCGACAUGGACGCUCUCCCCUUGCAGGAACUGGUCGAGUGGGAUCACAAGAGCAAAAUCCAGGGCAAAAUGCAUGCUUGCGGCCACGAUUCUCACACCACUAUGCUCCUUGGUGCUGCCAAGUUGCUUACCAAACGCAAACUUAUGCUCAAGGGAACAGUGAGGCUUCUCUUCCAGCCUGCGGAAGAAGGUGGCGCCGGUGCUUUUCAGAUGAUAAAAGAGGGUGCUUUGGGUGAAUCUGAAGCCAUUUUUGGGAUGCAUGUUCAUCAUGGCUUGCCUACAGGACAAGUAUCAAUUAUCUCUGGUCCUUCUAUGGCCUCUACAAGCAUUUUCAGUGUAAGAAUAUUCAGUGGAGGAGCUUCUUCUUGUGUUGACCCACUCUUGGCUGCUUCAUCUACCAUCUUAGCUUUGCAGCAUAUAGUCUCCAGAGAAGCAGAUCCUCUCUUAAGCUACGUGCUGUCUGUUACGUUUAUGAAAAGCAGCGGCGCUUCUGAUGAGCUUCCACCGUAUGUAGUAGAAUUUGGGGGAACUUUGAGGAGUCUUACGACCCAUGGCAUGAGCUGGUUGAGACGCAGGAUGAAAGAGGUGGUUGAAGGAGAAGCUCAAGUACAUAGAUGCCAAGCGGAUAUAGAUAUGCAUGAAGAAGAUCAUCCUAUGUAUCCAGCCACUGUGAACGAUCACAAGUUACACGAGCACGCUGAAAGGGUUCUGAAGCUCUUGGUUGGACCCGAGAAUGUCAAACCGGGUGAGAAGAUAAUGGCCGGCGAAGAUUUUGCCUUCUAUCAACAGAAAAUACCUGGUUACUAUCUAGGAAUCGGUAUCAGAAACGAACAAGUCGGUUCUGUGCAUUCGGUUCAUUCACCUUAUUUCUUCCUUGAUGAAAAUGUUCUUCCCAUUGGAUCAGCAGUGUUUGCUGCCUUAGCCGAGAUGUAUAUACAAGACCACCAAAAUCAAACCAAGUCUGGACAAUGAAGAAGAAAAGACCAAAGCUCAGAUCCAAAGUCUCUUAGUUACUUACUUUCACGACUGAAGUUAUUGUUCUUCAUAAACAGUUAAAUUUGACAAAUCAAAAAUGUUCCGUUAAGUAAUGCAUCUUACAUUUGCAGGUGCAGUUUAAGUUCAGUUUUUCUGAUU